UUUAAUACCAAACAAAAUAAAAAACUAAACAAUAUUUAUUUGGAGAAAGGAAAAACUGUGAAACUUAAUUGCAAACGUGCUCAAUAAUGGAAUGGGUACACACAAAACCAUUCUUAAAUGAAAAAUUACCGCUCCAGCAACGACAGACAUUGGGUUCAUUGAUAGAAGUGUUAAUCGAACCUCGCCGGUUCGAGCGCGAGCUUUUCUUCUCUUUGUUGCUUAUUUUAAUGAGGGAAAACGAUUUCCUUCAAAUAAAAGCUCUUAACGAAGGCGCUAUCGAUAUAUCCGAGUAUAUAUUAUCCACAAGAAAGAACACAGAUAUUUACGAAGCCACAUUCGUUUUGAACGGAUUCCAAGAUAUACCGAUAAAAAUUUUCGCCAAGCCUCUAUCCAACGCUUUUCUAUUGAAUUCUAUUAUACCAGACACAGGAAAUUCUUACGCAGUAUGCCUAGAACCGAGCCGCUUUUUGGGCAUUUCUGAACUUGGAAUACCAUGUUCUAUAAAAAACUUUUCGGUUCUUGAGCGAACGGUAAAAGAGAUUACGGACCCAAUCAAAAGUUGCAUACUAAACCAAUACACUACAAAACAGGGGACCUUAUUAAGCCUCCCUAAAGCCGUUAUUUUGGAGAUACUUUUAAAACUUCCCAUAAAAGACGUGUUGAACUUAUCUGAAUCGUGCAAAAUAAUGAAUUGUAUCGUAAAAGAGGAUAGAGUUUGGUCCCGUCUUUACAACAGGGAUUUUUCUGAAGCGCAUAAAUUCGAGGGAUGGAGCUGGUUGGACGAGUAUAGGGAAAUUUACGUAUCGGGACGGAAAAAGUCAAAUAAAGUCCAGGAUUUUCGGCUCUGGGAUGACGUGGAUUACAUCAGACGCGCGAACAUUGAUAAAUUGGAAAUUAUCUUGUGAUUGGAUUUCCUUGUCAGUGGUUGCAAAUAUGAAAUUAUGUUGUUUUAAUUAAAAUUUAAUUUGACGUAUU